AUGCAUCCUACAGCACGCGCCAUAGCGCCACACUACCUCCUCCUCCUCUUCGCCAGCUUCUUCCUCCUGCUGCGCUCCCCGUCGCCCGUCGCGGCCGCCGGCGACGUCGCCCUCCUCCUGGACAGGCUCAAGCCCGCGCUGCAGGGCGCCGCCCCCAACGCCGAGCUCGCCACCUGGAACGCCUCCACGCCCCUCUGCCUCUGGCGCGGCCUCCGCUGGUCCACGCCCGCCGGCCAGCCGCUCCGCUGCGACACCGUCGCCGCGCGGGCCAACCUCUCGCUCGCCAGAGACGCCACCCUCCUCCUGUCCUCCAUCCGCCUCCCCGCCGCCGCGCUUGCCGGCCGCCUCCCGCCGGAGCUCGGCGCCUUCCCGUCCCUCGAGUCCGUCUACCUCGCCGCCAACUCACUCUCCGGCGCCAUCCCGCUCGAGCUCGGCAACGCGCCCGCGCUGUCCGAGCUCGACCUCGCCGGCAACGCCCUGUCCGGCGCGCUCCCGCCCUCCAUAUGGAACCUUUGCGACCGCCUCGCCGAGCUCCGCCUCCAUGGCAACGCUCUCACGGGGGUGAUCCCCGCGCCGGCGGGACCCAACGAUACUUGUGAUCGUCUCCACCUUCUUGAUCUCGGCGCCAACCGCUUCUCCGGCUCCUUCCCGGCCUUCCUGACGGGCUUCCGUGGCCUCCAGCACCUCGACCUCGGCGGCAACCACCUCUCUGGAGACAUACCGGAGUCCGUCGCUGCGAUGAGAGGCCUCCAAAUGCUCAACCUUUCUUACAAUAACUUCUCCGGUCAGCUGCCUCCGGGCUUCGCCGGCUCGAGAUUCACCGCAGAAUCGUUCCUAGGGAACAGCCCGGCGCUGUGCGGCCCGCCGUUACAGCAGCCGUGCGUGUCCCCUUCGGGCCUCAGCUCCGGCAGCGUCGCGGGGAUGGUCAUCGGGCUAAUGGCCGGUGCUGUCGUGGUGGCAUCGGUGUCCAUCGGGUGGGCGCAGGCGAGGUGGAGGCGGAACAGGGUAAGGCGAGCGGCGGAGGAGGGGGUGGAGACGGAGGAAGGCGGCGAGGGCGACAGCGAGGGGAAGCUGGUGGUGUUCCAGGGCGGGGAGCACCUGACGCUGGGGGAGGUGCUGAAUGCGACGGGGCAGGUGGUGGAGAAAGCGAGCUACUGCACGGUGUACAAGGCGAAGCUGGCGGACGGCGGCGGCAACAUCGAGCUCCGGCUGCUGCGCGAGGGGAGCUGCAAGGACGCGGCGUCGUGCGGGCCGGCCGUGCGGCGCAUCGGCCGCGCGCGGCACGAGAACCUGGUGCCGCUCCGGGCCUUCUACCAGGGCCGGCGUGGAGAGAAGCUGCUCGUGUACGACUACUUCCCCCAUCGGACGCUCCAUGACCUCCUCCACGGCGGCCUCGAGAGCAGGCCGGUGCUGACAUGGCCGCGGCGGCACAAGAUCGCGCUGGGCGCGGCACGCGGGCUGGCGUACCUACACGAGGGCCGGCACGGGGACGGGCCGGUGGUGCACGGCAACGUGAGGUCCUCGAACGUGCUGGUGGACGAGUACUUCGUGGCGAGGGUGGCCGAAUACGCGGUGGUGGGCAGGCUGCUGGUGCCGUCGGCGGCGGAGGCUGUGCUGUCGGCGGCGAAGGCGGACGGGUACAGGGCGCCGGAGCUGCAGACGAUGAAGCGGUGCGCGCCCCGGACGGACGUGUACGCGUUCGGGAUACUGCUGCUGGAGCUGCUGAUGGGGAAGAAGCCCUCCUCGGCAGCGAACGGAGGCGACGACCUGCCGUCGCUGGUGAAGGCGGCGGUGCUCGAGGAGACGACGACGGAGGUGUUCGACCCGGAGGUGGCGAAAGGCGUGCGGAACCCGGCGGAGGAGGGCCUCGUGCAGGCACUGAAGCUGGCGAUGGGCUGCUGCGCGCCGGUGGCGGCGGCGAGGCCGAGCAUGCCGGAGGUGGUGCGGCAGCUCGAGGAGAACCGGCCCAAGAGCAGCCGGUCGGCGCUGUACAGCCCCGCCGAGACGAGGAGCGAUGCCGGCACGCCGCAAUACAGCUAG